AAUAAACACUAUGGAGAAACAUCUUCCUUAACACUUCUUGUCACUAUAAAGAGCAAUUAUCAACAGCCUAAUUUCAUCACUUUCUCCAAAAAUUCAACUCGUAUAGAAAAUAUGUUAGAACCCAGAUCUCACAAUAAUUUUAACUACAAUUACAACUUCACUUAUAAUUAUAAUACAAACGUGUGGUGUGGACCUAAUCCAUCUCCAUCUUCCCUUUAUUAUAACAAUCCUAGUUAUCCAGUCAAUAAUAGUGUUCUAGGCAAAGUGUGUGACCAAUACGCUUCUUUUAAUGGCGGACUCGGUGGCGAAUUGCAUACCAAUCAUCCCGGAAUGCAUCCAGCUGCGAAUAACAAUAAUGACGUCAAUAACCCCUACAGUUAUAACCAUUUUAACCAUCAUGCGCAUUAUGGAUACCCUCUGAAUUAUCACCUAGCACCGCCAUCCGGUUAUGAAGCAAAUAUUAACCCAACAUUAGAUUAUGGAAAUCCACUACUUACGACAGAUAAGAUUCCUAUUAAUAACGAUUUUUUUCGUCUCAGUGAAUAUGCAAGCAAUUUCGAUAAUUCGGGUGUUACUAAUAGUAUCAACAAUAAUGUCGACCACUUGAAAUCCAGUUUCUCGGCCCAAAAUUCUCAAAACGAUUUCAAGAUAGGUCUUAAACAAGGUAAGAGCGAAAAUAUAUUCUCAUUUAACAAUAUAAGUUGCGAUCAACGCAAAUGCAUGAUGGAAUGCGAUGAGACACUAGCUAGAACCACGAUAUCGUUUCCUCCCACUCCACCCAAAGAUCCCUUUUUACCAUUUAUACAAGUCACAUCUUCACGCCUAGAUUCGCUUUACAGUUCUCUAUCAACCAUGCCAUCUUGCAAAAAUAAUAUCGAUAUAGAAUCUUCCUUCGUUAAUAAAUUGAAUCUCGAAAUCAACGGAAUCGAUGAAGAAGGCUGCAUUGGAAAAAUCUCGCCAUCUAAAUACCAGUCUAAAAGCAAAAAACUACUUAAAAAGUUUAAUAAAAUGAAAAUGAGUAGUAGUACUAAAUUAAAAAAUAUGAAACAUACUGUUGACAUAACUGAUUACAGUGAAAAUAAUGGUCUCGCAAUAAACAAAGAAUCCCCACCUUAUACCACACAGAUCAAGAAGGAAAAUCAUAUUGAUAUUGAAAUAUCUCAAAUUAACCAAAAAAGUCAAACCGAACGCAAAGAAAACAUGAGUACCGUCCAGACACAACCUCAUUAUUCACCCUUGUCUUAUAUGCAUAACGAUGUAGUCACUCUCUACAAUAAAAAUUACACUCACUACGAAAACAAUUCGCUAUCGCCUAAGUUUGAAAAUUUUAAUAUUUUUAAUUCGUCCCCGCAUCAAGAAAUGUGUGUGUCCAAUGCCAAUAAAAAUUUUAUAUCUUCUUCCACCACAUUUUUUGAUCGUUUACAUUUAUCCAAUUCGCAAAAUCCCUCUACAUUUGCCUUAAAAAGUUUCAUAAGACCAAGGACUAAGAGUAGAUCAAGUUCAGAAGGAAGAGAAUGCGUCAAUUGUGGGGCCACAUCAACUCCUUUAUGGCGUAGAGAUGGUACCGGUCAUUAUCUAUGUAACGCGUGCGGCUUAUAUCAUAAAAUGAACGGAUCUAGUAGACCUCUAAUCAAACCCAAGAGAAGGAUGUUAAAAAUGACGACAUCAAGACGAAUAGGAACGAGCUGCGCUAAUUGUCAAACUGGCACAACAACUCUUUGGAGACGGAAUAAUAAUGGCGAUCCAGUUUGUAAUGCUUGUGGACUCUAUUUCAAACUUCAUUCGAUAAAUCGGCCUUUAACCAUGAAGAAAGAUGGUAUACAGACCAGAAAUCGUAAAACAUCGGGUGGUAUAGGCAAACCAUACCAAAACGACACAUCAUUACACGAAUCCUUCAAUAAAGACCCUUCUAACGUUAACAAUGAAAGUUUUAUAGAUCAACAACACGAACCGACUAUGCUCAACAAAAAUUUUAUGUCGGGCGUGGAUACUUAUUCCGAAAUCGAUUUUAACAAUAAGGAAGAAGAUUCAGGGCCUAAUAUGUAUGACGAAGAAGAUGCUAUUUUAUGGAACAGAGAUUCAACUACCUAUACCAAUAAAAAUACCGAUUGCUCGCGGGUUUCGUGUUACGAAAGGAAAAAUGAUUUAUUAUUACACAGUAGUGAAGUCUACUCUGAAGAAGGAAUCGGGAAUGCUAAAUCUUUGAUAAUGGUGCCGACAAAACUUAUCGAUGAUAAAAGGGAAAACAAUCACAAAAGUCAUAUUACCCAAAAUAAUGUAAAGAUCGAAAAUUAUGAUUUAUCCAACGAUCUUAGACAAUCAAAAGCGAUUUACGAAUGGGCAGCUUCCUCCAAUAAUGACAAUAAUCCUCUUUGCACACUUUCAUCUUUAACCGAUUGUUAUUUCCAAAACUCAUGAAAUUUUUUUAAAAAUUUAUCAGAACGACAAAAGGCAGAAUUAUAAUACUUGCCGUUUUUGAUAAAUUUAUUUCUAUAUGAUUGAUUAUUGGAAAAUAUUCAUAUUUAAUUUUUUUCGUUGCACGUGUCGUCAGUUACUUAUGGUCAAUCAGAACAUUCUGUAAAAACACAUAAAAUAAUGAGAAGAAAACAUCAAAAAUUAUAUAAAACCAAAAUUCUAAAAUUGAUUUUCCAUAAACAUAUAUAUUUACAUAUAUUAUAUAUUAUUAAUAAAAUAAAAUAUUUUUCUGUAUAUUAAAACACACAAACAGAAUCUGAAAAAAUACC